AUGGAGGCGGAGGCUUCGAUUGCCGAUGUACCGUUGCACGUCGGCGACAGUCUAUUGCCGACGAAGACGCUGCUGAUGAACGUUCUCGCGCUCGUGCUCGUCGUCGUGCUCGCACGUUUUUACGUACUGAAGCCGAGGAGACUUCCCCCGGGACCCACGGGAUGGCCGCUGCUGGGCUGCCUGCCGUACCUGAAGACGAAGCCGCUGCGCUAUUUGAGUGCGUUGGGCGAGCAGUACGGUAGCGUGUUCAGCAUCUACAUGGGGGGACGCCUGGCCGUUAUUCUGAAUGAUUACGAGGCCGUGCGGGAGGCGUUUGAGGAGAACGGAGACGCGUUUGGCGGCCGUACGCCCUUCUAUCUGCUGCAAGUCGGCAAGCAGGAUUCCAGGGGAGAGGUGCACGUUGUUAUCAAGCUGCAGCUUUCAAGAUGCGACCAGGAUGGCUACGAGGAGUUGAAGAUGCUGAUUCACAACCUGUUGGUGGCCGGUACAGAAACGUCGGCCACUCGACUCAACUGGGGGCUUAUCUACCUUUCAUUAAAUCCACAGGUGCAGAUUAAUGUUCAACAAGAGUUGGACGAAGUAGUUGGUCGAGGAAGGCAACCGGGAAUAAACGACAGGAAAAAUCUUCCAUAUACCGAGGCAACGGUUUGGAAUACUCAGAUGUGGUACGCAGUGAAACAGUUAAUGACAUACGAAAUGAAAUGCUUUCGCACGAAUGAGUCCAAGUUGACAUCGUCUCCGCGCAACACGUCUGCUUUGGGACUUCCUCACGCUACGACACGGGCGGUAAACUUCCGCGGGUUCGACAUACCAGCACGCACGAUGAUUAUUCCACACAUGGCACAUCUCAUGAACGAUCCGAAGAAAUUCACCGAUCCGGAGAAGUUUCAACCGAGCCGAUUCCUCGACGAACAGGGAAAGUUCAUCGGCUCUCCGUUCGUCAUACCGUACUCUGUCGGUCCACGCGUUUGCUUGGGAAAGACGCUAGCGAACAUGGAGAUAUACCUCGUAGUUAGCUGCAUUCUGCAGAGCUUCACGCUAAAAAUGGCGGAGGAAGAGCCGACGCCUGAGCUCAACCCAGACACUGUGAUGCGCCACCCUCCACCGUGUAAACUCAUCUUUGAUCCUCGUUGA